AUGGUCUCUGUAAUAACAUCAGCCAAGAAGAAUCGCCCUCGUGCACUCACUCCUUCCUUUUUGACCGAAACUCUCCCUACCCUCUUACCACCCAUCUUCGAGCAGGUACAACAUACCACUGCGAACCAUCGAAAGAAUAUCGUAUCUCUGCAUAAGAUCCAAUCGCAAUGCUCUACAAUCACUGAAGAUACUUCCAAGGGGAUCAAGCUGAUCAAGGGAAUCAAGUUGGUAGGAGAAAGGACUUUCAAUAAUGCAUUUAUAGAAAUGGUCAACAGGGUAUUACCGAUCAAGAAGGGGACAGCAGUAGCUGACAGAGUGGUGAAAUUCGUUGCGAGCUAUGUAGCUUAUUCUACUGAACAAGACGCUGCGAGUAAAGCUGAAAAUCAGGGAGAAGAAGACGAAGAAGGGGUCGAAACUUUUUCAACUAGAUUCAUCGUCAAGUUACUCAAACAUCUUUUAAGAGGGAUGGAAGCGAAAGAUAAGAAUGUCAGGUUCAGAGUAACUUUGUUAGCUGUAUCGAUGAUCAAUGGUUUGGGUGAGAUGGACGAAGACCUAUAUGUUUUAUUGAGAGAAUCGUUGCUCAAUAGAGCAAGGGAUAAAGAAGCUGCUGUGAGGGUUCAAGCUGCAUUGGGUCUAGCGAAAUUACAAAGUGGUGAAGAUGAAGAUGAUUUGGAAGAAGGUCAAGAAUCUUUGGGAGAAGUCUUACUCGAUCUCCUAAGAUACGAUCCUGCAGCGGAGGUUCGUCGAGCAGCUCUGUACAAUUUACCUAGAAACCCCACUACUCUCCCGCACAUCUUAGCUCGAACAAGGGACAUUGAUCCGAUUCUCAGACGAACGGUCUAUGCUGGUUCUUUAUCUGCCACUUCCCUUCCUGAUCCGAGGGUAUUGUCGAUCGCCCAAAGAGAGGAGAUAGUGAGAAAUGGUCUGGGAGAUAGAGAAGGGAAUGUAAGGAAGGCUGCUGCGGGAAUGUUGGGCGGUUGGGUAGAUUUGGUCGAAGGUGAUAUGAUCGAGUUCCUAUCACGAUUUGACGUGGUUUCUAGUCAAGUAGCAGAAGACGCUCUGAUCUCGGUAUUUGUUACUAGACCUGAAAUACUCGAUAUGGUAGAAUUCAAUGAUGAAUUUUGGACCUCUUUGACUCCUGAAAAAGCUUUCUUGGCCAGGGUCUUCGUUGAUCACUGUAUCUCGAACAAGGACGACGUUCGACUUGAAGAAGCUCUACCUGUAGUGACGGCACUUGCAUUCUGCAUACAAGACGAGUACAACAAGUUGGUCGCAUCCACGAAUGAGGGAGAUGAAGAUGUCACCGAUCGAGCGUUCAUCGUUGGUGAAUUACUGAAACUUGCGGUUAAUCUCGAUUAUGCAGAUGAAAUUGGUAGAAGGAAGAUGUUUCAGCUUGCUCGUGAAAUGAUCUCUCAAGUCAACCUGCCCGAACCGCUCAUCCCGAAAUGUUUAGAUGUCUUAUCUAAGAUCGCCAAUGGUGAAAGGGACUUGAUCAGAGUAGUAGUAGAUGUAGUCACAGAACUGCGAGCAGGUGGAGAAGAUCUCAACGAAGAGGGUGAAGAGGAAGGACCAUCGGAUAGUCAAAUGUCAUCAACAAGUGACCAUUCUAAUAUCCGUCGAAAAUCGACUUUCUCAGCUUCACAGAGACUCAACUCUGAAGAUCCAGAAGAAAGGAUGAAAGCUGGCUUGAUCGACCUUAGAUGUCUCUUGAUUUGUAUCAGCCUGUUAGAAAGGGUAAAUACGAAUUUACAGGAUAAUUCGGUCUUCCACGGUUUGUUACCGGAUUUGAUCAUCCCUGCUGUGAGGAAUAAGGAGGAACCCGCUUUGAGAGAUCAGGGGUUGAUAUGUCUGGGAUUGUGCUGUAUGAUCGAUGCGAAAAUGGCGGCCAACUCGUUUGGACUAUUCAUUCAACAGCUUACAGCAGCGGACGAUGAUUUGAAAGUGAAAGUUUGUCAGGUAGUAUUUGACUUACUCAUGCUUCAUGAUAUAAAUGAUCUUGUUUCCAACACUAUGGCGGCGGAUAAAGUUGUGGAGCUCGUGCGACAUGUCUUAAGCCAAGAUUCACCGGAAGUGCAAGCUGUCGCUUGUGAAGGUGUAGCUAAGCUGAUGCUAGCAGGAAUGAUAUCGGAUGAGACGGUGCUCCAAUCACUUGUCUUGCUCUAUUUCUCACCCGAGACAGCAGAUAAUCAACCUCUUCGACAAUGCUUGACCUACUUCUUGCCAAUUUACUGCUAUUCUUCUUCAGAGAACCAGAGAAGAAUGCUUUCUAUCUUCUCGGAUACUUUCGGUCUCCUGGCUCAACUCUCCGAGGAAGCCGAAGAUGAGGAGAUGCCCCCUAUAAGUCAGAUGGGAUUGAUGAUGGUCGAUUGGCUAGACCCGCAAAAGACAGUUGAACGAGGAGGUGUCAAGAUAGAUACUGCCAUUCAUUUGGACUUGGCCGAGCAGAUACUCGAAUCCCUUCUGACGGAAACAUCAAAGGAGAUGCGAAAAGCCUUGCUUUCAUUCUUAUCCAAACUGAACCUUCCUGAAUCAGACGAUGACACGGUAGAAUCAUGGCGUUUGAAAUCGCAAUUAGCAUUUAUCCAUGCUAUCAGAGCGAAAAGACCUUUCGGCGAUGCUCUUUCUAAGAAUGCUCUGGUGAGAUAUGAAGGUGUUUUAUUAAAACGAUAUCCAGAAUUGGAAGAGUACAGUGAAGAUGGAUUUAGGAAUGAGGCGAGUGAGAAUGAGAAGAUUGAGGAAAUAUGGGGAUUCAUCGAUGAUGUGGAGGAAAAAGAUGUCGAUACUCUAUCUGAAGUAGGUUCCCAACGCGGUAGACGCGCAUCGUCAAUUGCUUCUACUCGAAGAGGUAGGGAUUCAGUCACUCCCUCGGUAGUAAGUGAUUUGGAUGAGGAUGAAGAUGAAAUUCCAAGGAAAUCAAAAGCAAAGCCAAAAUUGAAGAAUCAGACGAUGGAAGUGGUAGAAGAAGAGAGUGAGGAAGAUAUAGAGGUUGAGGGUAUAUUGGAUGAAGAGGAGGAUGAAGAUGAUGAGUUGGCUUUGUAA